GCCCCUUACGUCAAGACCUGCGCUUUAGGGUUGGGAAAAUAGUGAGAGAGGUUAUGUAUGAUAAAAACUCGCCAGGCUAGAUGUAAUGCGAAGGAACUCGUGAGCGCGCAGCUAAAACCGCGGGGUCGAGCAGAGAUGGUGAGAGGCGCGUGCAGAUUGAGAAUGGUUAGCGGUUAUUUGGGCUUCUGCACAUGAUGACCUUCCUCAUCCUCAUCCUCGCUGAGCAUGGCGGAGUCAGAUGGUGUGGAGUUCUCUGUGAAUCGAGCUCAAAGCAGCAUGGCUAACAACAAGAAUAGCACGCUCCGUUGUACCUUCUCGGCCCCCAGCCACAGCAGCACUCUCCUGAGGGGGUUGUCUGCGUUACGUGAUCAAGGUCAGUUGCUGGAUGUGGUUCUGGCCAUUGACAACGAGCGCUUCGAGGUUCACAAAGCGGUUUUGGCCUCCUGCAGUGACUACUUCAGAGCCAUGUUUACUGGAGGAAUGAAGGAGUCAAACCAAAACACCAUAGAGCUAAAGGGUCUUUCAGCCAGAGGACUGAAGCACAUUAUUGAUUUUGCCUACAGUUCUGAGGUCACUUUGGACUUGGACUGCAUUCAGGAUGUUCUUGGUGCUGCUGUCUUCCUGCAGAUGGUGCCUGUGGUGGAGCUUUGUGAGGAGUUCCUGAAAUCAGCCAUGAGUGUUGAGACUUGUCUAAAUAUCGGCCAGAUGGCCACCACUUUUAGCCUCUCGUCCCUUAAACAGUCGGUCGACGCUUACACGUUCCGUCACUUCCUGCAGAUAGCACAGGAGGAGGAUUUCCUUCACAUUCCCAUAGAACGACUGGUUUUCUUCCUUCAGAGCAACAAGUUGAAGAACUGCAGCGAGAUCGACUUGUUCCGCGCAGCGAUCCGCUGGCUGCAGCAUGACGCGUCCAGACGAUCUGCUGCCAGCGAAGUGCUCCGUCACGUGCGCUUCCCCCUAAUGCGAUCGUCUGAGCUUGUGGAUAGCGUCCAAACGGUCGACAUCAUGGUGGAGGAUGUGCAAUGUCGACACUUUCUCCUAGAAGCCUUCAAUUACCAGAUCCUUCCAUUCCGACAGCACGAAAUGCAAUCACCUCGGACUUCCAUCCGCUCAGACGUUAUGUCGCUCAUUACUUUUGGUGGAACCCCGUACACCGACAACGAUCGCACCGUAAGCGGCAAAGUUUACUAUCUGGCCGACAUCACUGUGCGACAGUUCAAAGAGUUGACCGAAAUGGAGAUGGGAUGCAGCCACGCAUGCGUGUCGGUUCUCGACAAUUUUGUGUACGUCGUAGGCGGGCAGCAUUUGCAAUAUCGCAGUGGAGAGGGCGCAGUUGACAUUUGCUUCCGCUAUGACCCCCAUCUGAACCAGUGGCUUCGAAUCCAACCUAUGCAGGAGAGCCGCAUUCAGUUUCAGCUUAAUGUACUUCAUGGACAACUUUAUGCUACAGGGGGACGCAACAGAUCCGGCAGCUUGUCCUCUGUAGAGUGCUAUUGUCCGAGGAAAAAUGAGUGGAUUUAUGUGGAUUCCCUGAAGAGGAGAAUCUGGGGUCACGCCGGAGCUACAUGUGGAGAGAAACUCUACGUGUCCGGAGGUUAUGGGGUGUCUGUGGAGGAUAAGAAGACUCUUCAUUGCUAUGAUCCAGCCUUGGAUCAGUGGGAUUUCAAGUGUCCCAUGAACGAGCCGAGAGUCCUGCAUGCUAUGAUCAGCGUCAACAACCGCAUUUAUGCUCUCGGUGGCAGAAUGGACCAUGUUGACCGCUGCUUUGAUGUCCUAGCCGUAGAGUUUUACAUUCCAGAGACCGAUCAAUGGACAACAGUCAGUCCGAUGCGUGCUGGUCAGUCGGAGGCCGGCUGCUGCUUGCUGGAUAAAAAGAUCUAUAUAGUUGGAGGAUACAAUUGGCACCUAAAUAACGUCACGAGUAUCGUGCAAGUUUAUAAUACAGAGACGGAUGAGUGGGAAAGGGAUCUUCAUUUUCCAGAAUCUUUUGCAGGAAUAGCUUGUACACCUAUUAUACUUCCCCAAACAACCACUCAGCGCUAAGCACAUAUUCUUACAUUUGCUUACAUGAUUUAAGGCCUGUUCAUGUUAAUGACAUGAAAGUACAAACAUUUUUGAGAAUGUGAAGCAUCUUUCUACACACCACUCAAGCAUUAAUGUUGUUUUUGGGCCUUCUUGUAGAUUGCCCCAUUUUUUUACUAAUGAGGGUUUCUGACAAGUGCCUGUGGGAUUUGCGUUGACGACACACUUGAAUGGACCAACAUCAUAAUAUAUAAUGUUUUUAACCUACAUAAAGUUUUUUUUUUCUUGCACAAACUAAGCAAGCACAUUUCAUUAGGCACUUGAAUGUUCAAAUUAGUGAUUUAAUGACUAAAACCAUGUUUUUACAAGGUUACAUUACAGUAUGUCAGGUGACUGGAUCUUGGAACUACAGCACAAUUUUUUGUCAUGAUAUUGUGUGAGCAUGUAAUUUGAAUGUGUAAAAAAGCCCUGCAUUCUAAAACUACAACUGUUUUUUUUGUGCAUUUAUAGUAUGCUGGUGUGUUUUAUUACAUUUGUGUUGAUGCUUUUCCCCCUAAAUUCUUUGAAAAGGGAUGGUUCAGCCAAAAGUGAAAAUUCGGUCAAUAAUUACUCACCAUACCUGCAAGACUUCGGAACACACGAAGAUCUUUCUGAUGAAAUCUGAAAAAAAGAUUGCAAAGCUAAUCCAUAUGAACUGAGUGGUUUUGAUUUUCACUGAAGAGAAGAGACACAAUCACAGAUUUAAUUUAGGCUUCUCUUCAAGUAUAAAUAUUCAUCAGUUGUGGUAAACGGAAGCUCAAGUGUGUUCGCUUGACUAGCAAGAACCAAUGAGGUUUGUUCUCGUGUGUGAUGCAGGAUCAGUUGAGCUUGUGUUUUAUGUUCACUUAUCAAUGUUUAUAUGUGGAUAAAAGCCUAAAUUAAUUCAUUCAAUUGAUAUGGAUUAGUUUUACGAUCACUACAAGCUUUUUGAAGCGUCAAAGUGGUUGUUGGCUAGCUACCAAUGCCCUGCACAUAGAAUGCCCUCAAAAAAUCAUCAUUUGUGUUCUGAAGAUAAUUGAAAGUCUUAUGGGUUUGGAAUGACAAGAGGGUGAGUAAUUAAUGACAGAAUGUAUAGUUUUGAGUGACCCAACCCUUUAAGAUGUCAGAAACAGUGGGUCCCAUUCACUAAUAAUUGCGUGGAUUAUUUCGUAUUUGUUCGCACUUUUCAAGAUCAAUUUCCACCUAGUUAACAAGACGUUCUUAGUGCACACAUUAAUUUGUUUUAAUCCCAUUCUAAUGUUAGUGAAUUUGGAUUAUUCUAAAUGAUCCGCCAUGUGCACAAGGUUAGUCAUUUGCAUAAAAUACGCCUAAACCAUCUCCAUAUAAGGGCUUUCAGCACAGCCUUUUCUUUAGAGCUUUUCCUCACUCGCCAGAUCCUCAAGCAAUGCCAAGUGUCAUUCUCAAAACCAGUUCAAACACAAUAACAAACACAACUUUUAUACAGACCCAGAUUUGACCUUUCAUUAUAUUUAAUGAAUAUAUUUAAGAUUAGUUCUGUUUGCAUCAAUUAUUUUCCUGUUUAUCACUUUAAAGCUGUUUAUUAGUUGUAUUAUGUUGUUUUAUAUAAAAUAUAAUGUAAUGCAAUAUAAUUAUAGUCAUUUCAAGUCAACUUUGUACUAUACUUUAUACAAUACAAAUUGUUUCAAAGCAGCAUUACAGUGAAAAACAGGAAAUUAACGAUUUAAUGAUGCGAACAGAAUUCGACAAGACAAUGAUAAAAUGAGUUCAAUUCAGCUAAAGCUAAAGCAGCUCUGUAGAAAACAGUGUGCAGAGGACAUGUUCUUGUGGUCUUUGUGCCUUGUGGGCUGUGAAUCUGAGCGAUACACGGUAUCCGCUGACAUACGGGUCCGCGAUGAGGUUGUGACUAGGUGCAGGUCCACCAUCUGAUCUGGAUACGACCCGGAUCUGGCGGAUCUACGGUAACCUCGGGAUAAGGAUGAGAUAGACUGAUACUAGCAUAAAUACCCUUCUUACGAUGUAACAAGUACAUCUGGUGUUAUGGGAAGUCAGCAGGCUUUGUGAAUGAGACCCAUUCUUUCCAACAACACAAAUUACAUUCUGUGUAUGUAAUGUAUACAGAUGGUUGAUUUACCAAGGUUACAGCUGUAAAUGACUUGUCACCCUUAGCUCAGGAUUCAUUUACCCCCAAGAUGUAAAGCUGGACAGCAUCUGGCAAUACUUUGGAGUAAGUUAGCUGGGUCUUUACACAUGAACAAAUGGCCUUUAUCUUGUACUGUACCUCAGAUCAGCCUUAAUUUACAUGUUAGAAGUUCUGACUAUGUGAACAACAAUUUCAACCCAAGCAGCUUUCAGUCUAAAAAAAACUAAUUCUGUUAUCAUUCUUAUGUAAAUGUACUUGUAUAGUUUCUUUAAAAAAAAAGAAAACAUAUGUAUUAUAUUGAUAGCACUUUUGCAGUUAUUCUUUUACAGUUUGUCUUCCAUGUGUGAAAUUGUGUUUUUGUUUUUAUCCAUCUGCUGUGUUGUGACCUAAAGUGUGAUCUAAAUAAAACACACACAUUUGUGUUCUCAA